UAAAGGGAUAGUUCACCCACAAAUGAAAAUUCGUUCAUGAUUUACUCCACCACUUGUCAUUUCAAACCUGUAUGACUUUUCUUCCGCAGAACACACAAAACAUAUUUUGAAGAACGUUGUUCACCGGCACUCACAGAUUUUUUUUGUCCAUACAGUAAAAGUGAAUAGUUGCCGGCGCUGUCCUGUUACCAACUUUCUUAUUUUAUGUCCUGUGGAAGAAAGUAAUACAGAUUUAAAAUGACAGGGGUGUGUAAAUGAUGACAACAUUCAAAACCAUCCCUUUAACAAACUUUUUUUAUCCAAAGAUGCUGAACUAUUGUUACGGACAUUACAUUUACAUUUAGGCAUUUGGCAGACGCUUUUAUCCUAUACAUUUUACAUAGUUAUAUGCAAUCCCCUGGGGUCGAACCCACAACCAUGCGUUGUUAACGCAAUGCUCUUACCACUGAGCUACAGGAAAACUACAGGGCAUUAAUCUACUAUCAUGGUAGGAUGUUUUGCUCAAUGUCAGCAACAUGAAUGAUUAGGGGUUUGUGCUGGCAUCUCAUAGCAAGAUUAAAUUUUCAGACUCCUUGUAACAACGGUUGCCAGGCAGAGCACGGUGCAAAACGCGCAUGCGUACGCGGCGCAGCGCAGCGCACAAGCAGCUGAUUGGUUUACGUUUGCAUUCAGCGGCGAGAGGGGGGAUGCGCUUAACCCGGUGAGGCAAUGUCCGAAAAAUAAACCCAGCGCUACAAUGAUACACGUGGUUAAAAUGCGUAAAAUCCCUUAUUGUGCAAAAUAGUAAAACGACAUGCGUUCGGUGCAAGGUAAGUGUUCAUCCGCUCCCUGCAUUUCACAUCCAUCUUUAGUGAAUGAAAAGAAGAUAGUAAACACGGGGCGGUGUCUGACCGGACAACAGGACCAUGUCCAGAUUCGAAAGGAAAUGUUAUUUGCAAUGUAAUGCCAUUUAAAUUAACGAUGACAUGCGUUGGUGUCGUUUGUCUCAUCUAGAAGCAGCAUACUGACAUCAUACUGUUUCAUAAGCAUCUGAUUCGGGGUGUAAAAAUGAGCGAAGGGACAUCAGGAGAUACUAAUACUAUGGAACUGGAGGGUGUCAUUACUGCAGAGGAAACCCCAGUGAACACACUGCAGAGGUUAACUGAGGAUGAGGGAACCACCACUCGAAGGAAGAAGAAGAAAAAGAAGAAAGAGAUCAUCUACCGCUCCGACUUGGAGGUUGAUGAUGCAGGAGAGGGGACCUCAGCUGAUGUGGAUGGAAACCUCGGUCUUACAUUUGAAGAGGAUGAUCAGGAUAUACCUCCUGACAGCCGCUUCGUGACCCUGACUGGCACCAUCACGCGCGGAAAACGGAAAGGCCAAACGGUGGAUAUCUAUAUGACUCUUACUAACAAAGAGCUGAGAGACAUGGCACGUUCCAAAGAGCGUCUGGAUGCGGAGUGUGAUGGGGUUGCCGAAGCUAAGCAAAAUCCUUGCACGUUAGGGGUCAGCCAGGGACCCCAUGUUCUCAUCUGGAGCCUCUCCUGCUCUCCGUUUAUCUUCCUUCUGUCCUUUAUCACAUCAUUUUAUUACGGAACUCUCACCUGGUAUAACAUCUUCUUGGUUUACAAUGAGGAGCGCUCCUUUCUGCACAAGAUCACACUGUGUCCUUUGCUCAUCUUGUUGUAUCCGGUGCUGAUCAUGGUGUUGUGUUUUUGUAUGGGGGUGUAUGCUGCCGUGAACCAGCUCUCAUGGGUGUUUGGAGAAUGGUGGCUUGCGGUUAGGGACCUUGAGAAGGGCUUCUUUGGGUGGAUGUGUGGGAAACUAGGGUUGGAAGACUGUGCCCCGUAUGACGUGGUCGAGCUCCUGGAUUCUGACACUCUGUCUGGGACACUUCAGGGGAGGAGAAUGGAAGAUGUUGAGCAGACGUCCUCUUUGUGAAAGGGGAAGUAUGUAAAAACAUUUCAUGAUUAAAGGAAAGAUUAAUGUUAAGCUCUAUAGAUUGCAUCGGUGGCAUGCUUUGGAUUUCCAAAGAAAAUUGCUGUAUUACUUCCACUGUAUAUAUUUUCUGUGGUAACUGAUAAGAUGUCACAGAUGUUUAAAAGAUCGUCAGUCUUAAUGUAGUAGACAUGGUGCCAGGGUAUCAUCCAUAAGGUAGACAAGAAUACUGGUCUGCUUUUGCAUUUUUAAAGGGAAGUUGAAAGUUCUCCAUCACAAGAACUAUCUAUUCCAACCACUGACAUACACUUGAUACAGUAGGAACAAGGAUUACUGGCAAAAGUUGAACUGCACCUCUAGGCCGCUGACAAAGAAAUUCGUUUUAGUGUUGCCUUCACGUGCCGUUUCAUCGUCUAAUACAAGAGACUGUGUUAUAGCUAUCAGUAGACAGAAAUACUUGAGAUAUUUAAGUUCCACCCUGAAUUCUUUUUAUGCAUUGUUGUUACGCAGUUUCAACUCUGACAUCAGCUACUUGUCAAGAGAGAUAAUUUCAACCUACUGUUUUACAUGGGCAAAAGUGGGCUUAUUUCCAGACCCAGUAGCAUUUUAACCUCAAUGUAGAUUCGUUCACAUGCAACGUACACCUCGCUUUCAAGUUUAUUAUUGUAUUAAAUCCUGCUCAUUGUGUGAAUCCCAAAUCAUUGAACUAUUGUGUUAGUAUUGAGAACAGUGUGGUGUUUCGUAUUUCUUACCAGGUAUAAUAAUGGUGCUUAUGGUGCUCACCAAGGCUCCAAGGCGCUUAAAGCCAGACACUAUAUCACAUUUAAGCCCUGUUGAAAAGAACUUUGUGUAGGAGGGUAUUUUACUUUCAAAAACGUUUCAACAGGAAAUCCCCAAGAUGAUUGCACAUGCAUUCGUUCGGUGGGAUGGUUCUCAGUGCAUCUGAGGAAUUGCGUAGUCAAUAAGCGGAUCUGCUCUGACAAUGAAGUUGUAUACCUCUUCUCCAUGUCUGUUAUUUAUAGGGGCAUUCUGUAAGUUUGUUGAAAAUGCCCAGAGCUUUUUGCAUCUGAACUGUUUAAAUCUGCAGGUGGGGCAAUUGCAAACAUGCAGAUUCAGUCCGUAGCACAGUAUAUUUCUUUUGUCUCAGUUCGGCAACCAAUUGUCCUAUACGUCUGGCACUUAUCAACGCCACAGAAGAAGAACCUUGCCUUAAACUUUCACACAACAACACUUGAAUGAAACUGUCUUCACGUAGACCGUUUUUCCGCAUAAAUGGUUUCAAAGCACAAGCUUUGUUUUUAUAGCAUGAAUUUUAAGUUUUGUUUGCACACUUGUCUUCAGUUGUUUGCACAGGGUGUGUAACACUGUCAUUAUCAACAGUUUCUAAUAAAGAUUUUUUUCCUGUUUUUCA